UAUUUCCAGAAUAUUGUUAAAUUGUUAUCAGUCCGAAACUAACUACUAAAAAUGUUCAGCAAGAUGAGACUCUCACUGAUUCUAGCACUGAUAAUUGCAUCAGUUCUAUCUGAUUCUACACAAGGUAACAUCGUCAAAAGAUACCUCCAAUACCUACGUGACGAAGGGAAACUAGCCGGACGACUGACAAACUCUCAAAACCUUAAAACCCGCCUGAGUCUCUUCAAAACAAACGUGAAACUAGUGGAAGAUCACAACGCCAAACACAGCUCCUACAAACUUGAGAUAAACCGUUUCUCGGAUCUGUCUGACGGCGAGCUGGCUCAAUACCAUGGUCUGAACGCCUCGUUAGUUGUGGAGGAGGAGGAUGUACUGACUAGUUAUACUUCACCACUUCUUCCAGUGUCUGUUCCAGAUGCAGUGGAUUGGGUCGCUCAAGGUUACGUGACCCCUGCUAAGGAUCAAGGAAGAUGUGGAUCUUGCUGGGCGUUCGGAUCAAAUGUUGCUCUGGAGGGAUCCCACAAAAAGGCGACUGGAGUACUGAAAAACUUUGCAGAGCAGGAGUACCUGGACUGUGUCUUCACAACACGAGAUGGUUGUACCGGUGGAGCCGCCCACGUGUGCUUUGACUUUAACAAGAGGACUGGUCACAUGGCGAGCCAAUACGCAUACCCUUAUACCGCCACUGAUGUAGACAGGAGUGUGUGUGACCUGACAAAGUACAAGAACAGUUUAAUAGCUGCUAAAGUGACAAGUAGAGUAAACUCCCGACACGUGGAAACAGAGGAGAACACAAUAAAACUCUUAUCUAUACAACCUGUUACUUUGUUUAUUGAGGCUACCCGGACACUUCACCAGUACAAAGAAGGUAUAUUGUUGGACAGGACCUGCUGGAGUGAAACAAACCACGCUGUAGCGGGGGUAGGGUACACCCCCCAAUACAUCAUAGUGAAGAACAGCUGGGGAGCAAGUUGGGGCGAGUCAGGCUUCUUCAAACUCAUGAGAGGUUGGAGUAACUGUGGGUUGUACCUACGGGCACAGUACCCUGUGAUGGAGCCAAAUGGAGAGAAGGAGACUGAGGAGGGAGCCAAGCAGGCACUGUAUGAUCACACCGCUAUUGUGGGGCCUGACCCUCCCAAACCAGACCCUGAUUGUGAUAACGGUUUCGGAGACAUUUACUGCAGCAGGAUGACGAGAUCGUCAUGUCACAGCCCUCAGAUUAGAAACGUGUUCUGCCGGAAAGCUUGCAACAAUUGCUGGCUCGAUUGAUAUUGUCAAUAAAACAUAAUGGAAAUAUAUUUGUUGAAGAAAAUUACGUGUUUUUUAAAAACUGAAUAAAUAUCCAUUUUUACAGAUUAUGACAUAUCAUAA